GUGGGGGGCGGUGUUGAUCAUGUGACCUCGACAUCUUCCUGUUUACCACUUGCACCGUGAUCUAGUCCACUUCGAUUGCAACACUCUUUACUGCAGUACUUUACUGCCAGCGGGGAAUAACAAAGAUUGUUUUCGUGUGACGACGAAUAGCACCUAAACAAAUAUUUUAAGAUUAUUUUACUGCAGAUGCUGGAUUUUUUGGAAUGAAUACUUGACAUUGAAAAACGUGACAAGGCCCGGGAAUCCUCGGGGUUUCCUGAGUCGGUUGCCCAAGAAUGGUCGGAUUGAGCAGAAAGCCACUUCUUCCACCUUUAGUCUCAUAUAGUGUACCAGUUACCUUACAUUGUACUGUGGAUGUAGGUGGUUUGUUCGACGAAAACAAAACUUUAUGUCCUAACAGGUGGUAUGCUACAAAGUAGCAAGCCAUAAUUUUAACUAACGUUAGUCCUAAGAGCUAACGUUAAAGGAAGCAUAAUUUAGCUAGCCAACUCGCUAGCUUUCCUCGUAGAGCUCGCAAAGCAGUCCGCUCUCCACUUGCUUUCGAAGAAGCUGGUAUUAGCUAGCCUAAAGGCUAGUUAAUACAGUCAGGGUUUAAGGGUGACAUAUCGCCGUUGCCCUGAAUUCGAGACGUAUCCCUGGCUCCGGCCGCCUCAAGCGGGCAGUCAGGACGAAACUGGCCGGGAAGGGAUGGCCUGGUGGGUCUUCCCGGCCUCAAGGAGCAGCGGUGUUUGACGGAGGGAGCGUUCGACUAGAAGCAACGGCGGGUCGCGGCGCGAUGAUGGCCGCUUCCCCAUCGGUCGCUGGUUCCCUGAGUGCUUCGGGGAUCAGCGGCCGCAAAAGCGAGGAGAUUGCAGAUCUGAUAGAUUUGUUUGCGAAGAUGCAGUACAGAGCAAAGGAAGUCACUCCCAGGGUGGACAGGAUAGAGAAGCGUUGCCUGGAACUUUUUGGCAGAGACUACAAGUACAGUAUCAUCCACAAUACCAACGGUGAUGUUUGCGGCCACUAUCCACGGCAGAUAGUAUUUCUGGAGUACGAGUGCACGGAUCCUAAUAAAGAACGGUUUGAAAGCGCCGUACAGAUUAGUAAACUGCAGGAUCUGGUGAAUCGCAGUAAAAUGGCUCGUUGCAGAGGGAGGUUUGUGUGCCCAGUCAUCCUCUACAAUGGCAAGCACGUGUGUCGCUCGUCCACUCUAGCUGGCUGGGGGGAGUUAUACGGACGCACCGGCUACAACUACAUCUUCUCAGGUGGCACAGAUGACACGUGGGCAGAGUCCGAGGAAGUGCCCGAGGACGAGAGUGCUGGCAGCAACGGAGACUCUCAGCUCUUUGAUAAGGUGCGCGGCUCAGACAUCAAGCUACUGCGCUAUCUCUCAGUGCGCUACAUCUGCGACCUUAUGGUGGAGAACAAGAAGGUCAAGUUUGGCCUAAACGUCACCUCCUCGGAGAAGGUGGAUAAAGCCCAGCGCUAUGCAGACUUCACUCUGCUCUCUGUGCCUUACCCAGGUUGUGAGUUCUUCAAGGAGUACAAAGAUCGAGAUUACACGGCGGAGGGACUGGUGUUCAACUGGAACCAGGACUUUGUGGACGCUCCUUUGACAAUCCCUGCUCGCUUUACCAAGAAUCUGAAUAUUGAUUGGAGGGCAUAUCAGUCAUGGGAUCUGGUUGAACAGACUCAGAACUACCUGAAGCUGCUUAUUCAUAUCAUCAACAGUGAUGAUGAAAGUGGUUUGCUGGUGCACUGCAUAUCCGGCUGGGACAGGACGCCUCUCUUCGUGUCCCUCUUGCGCCUCUCCCUCUGGGCGGACGGUGCCAUUCACGCCACUCUGGAGCCAAGCGAAAUCCUGUACCUGACCAUUGCCUACGACUGGUUCCUCUUCGGUCACAUGCUGCCUGAUCGACUCUCCAAAGGGGAGGAGAUUUUCUUUUUUUGCUUCAAUUUUUUGAAGCACAUUGUCUCUGAGAAGUUCUCGGCCGUAAAAAAACAGAGAAGAAAAAACUCUCACUUCAAAGACACUGAUUUCACCAUGGAUGACCUCUGCCAACUCAAGUCCCGAGACCGGGGCAGCGUCACCAGCCUCAGUAGUGACUUCUCUCUGAUCACUGAGGACACCCCGGCAGCGGCGGCGGCAGCAGCAGCAGCGGCUGCAGGAUCCAGUCUGGCCAACGAGGCUAUGGACCACUUCUCCACCCCACCACAGCCCUGUAGUGGGAGGAAACCCAUGAUGUCGUCACCUCAGACGGUGAUCUGGAACCGCCCGCACCUGCAAGAGGAGAGGCUACCUCAUCCACUCUCGGAGGGCAAGUCCUCCAGCUCCUCCUCCUCCAACCAAUCAGAGCAGGGCUUCACUCGCAGCGGGAGCAGCCCAUUGGCUGUGCCAGGAAGAAGGUCUAUGGCGGAGUAUGCGCGCUCAGGCUCCUCCCUCUCCACUGACUACGGCAGCUGGCAGAUCGUGUCGGGCUGCGGUAGUAUCCACGACCAUGGCCCCCUCCAGGCCGAGUCGCCCUUGCCCUUCAGCUUCCAGGACGAGGGACCCAGCGGCCGCAUUGAAUAUGUGCCGGAGCGGCAGGCUCGUCUGGAGGCGGUGAGGGAGGUGUUCCUGGCAGCGUACAGCUCCACCGUGGGGCUCAAGUCCACGGCCCCCAGCCCGUCGGGCGCCAUCUCAGGGCUCCUGGAGCAGUUUGCCCGCGGGGUGGGACUCCGCGGCACCAACACCAUCAUCUGAUCGACAGAGACCCCCAACGGUUAACCCUCUCCAGUCUGGGCCUUUUAACAUAGCAACUCAAGCACCUCAAACCUCCACACCCCAAAAUCUCCCCUGAGACCCCCUGACCUCUGUGCACCCGCCACCCUCACACAAUACCUCUACUUAUCCCCCAGAGUAUAGUCCUCUAACUAAGUGUGUGUACAUGCAUACAGACCAACUGUAGCGGUCCUGUCCAGACCCCCCUUGUUGUCUUCUUCACUUCCACUGAGUCUCUCACACACACACAUCUCCCCCUCCUCCCCAACUGCUGGACAUGGUGUGUGCGUGUCAGACGGGGUGGAUUGACUCGAAGACUGUUUUGAAGGAGCGAGUACUCAAAUGCUGUUUUUGUCAUCAACUGUUGGAAGACAAAAGAGAAAUAAGUGCCAAACCAUAAACACCGGGGGGGGGGGGGCUGUAUUUCUUUUAUUAUUCUUUUGUUUUUAUAUUUUGAUUUUAUUUUUUUAUUUUUAAAUGUGGCAGUGCAGACCCUUUUUGUUUUGUUUUAAGUUGAGUCUGUUCCAGCUCUGUUUUUUCUUCUGUUUUCUUUUUCUCCAUGUUGCACAUUUUCUAGUUGAAGCACAGAGCUGGCAGGUGGGGUUUGUGGGUGGUGGGGUUGGAUCAUUGGGGCUUUUACAAUGUUACAUCCAGCCAGAGUAUCAAAAAGGGAAGCUCUUUUUUGUCUUAGCACUAUACUUCCAUAUAUUAAAAAAAAAAGAAUAGAACAAACUGCAUAGCAUUAACAUGAAGAAUGGGAUGAUGCUCUUACCUGAUAUCUUUGCCACAAUGCCUUCAGGUCUCCAAACGGUCCUGAUAAUUUGACAGUAACCUGUCACCAAGCUGCACAUAUAUAGCUGACAUUGAAGAUUUCGGUGUGAAUAUCAAAAUUUGUCAUCCCACUUUAUGAACUCCUUUACCCCUUAAUUUGCUUUGUGGUGCUCUAUAGUCUUUGGUUGGGGCCAAGGGUUUCAGCUGCCGUCUGUUUAAUAGUAAGGAUUUAGUGUAGAGAACACUGUUCAACAAGGGCAGCGUUUGAAAAUGUUUUCUUCCCUUCAGGAAAAACGGUUGAGAGUUUACGUGAGAACUUUGUAUUUCCUCUAGUAAGGGAUGAGCAAAUCUCAGAUGCUGCUAUUGAGACUGUAGACCAUGCCCUUAGGGUGGGGUGAAGCUGCAACUGAACUCUGCAGUUCCUACUUGACUUCAGCCUUCAAGCCAUUAGCUAUUUUGCUAGCCAAGCCCCUCGUCAUGCCGCUUGUUGUUUCUUAAAGACACAGCACCUCAUGAUCACCUCUGUCUCUGUGUGUAUGUUAGUGCUGCUAAUGUACCACACAUGCAUUAUGCAUUACAAAAACAAACAAAAAAAAACAUGCAGUUUCAGUGAUCACGCAGAUGAACUAAUUCACCUUUCAGGUUUAGUUCGCAUGGCCAUGUCAGAUUAUUUUCUAAAGCCGUUCUGUGUUACUUUUCUGCUGAUGCCUUCAUAUUGAUAGUUCUGUUUCUGUUUGAAAUAAAAGAAUGUCCAGAGCAAGUGCUUGCCUUGCAUAUUAUGGACAGAGAGCCAUUUAAGAUCGGUCUUCUUGGCAGUUGAAGUACACCGGUUGCCUUGACAACGGGUUUGUUCUAGUUGGCCUAUUUCUAUUACUGAAACCAUUUCCAGCAGGACACUACAGGUGGUGAUCAGGUCCCUCAGCUAUAAGCGUCCAUUUGUAUUUUUCACACCAUAGCACUGAACCCCAGUCACUUUGGUCAUACAAGGCACCAAUGCUGUUUUUUUGUGAUGGAAGAGGCAUACAUGAUGGUUGUGAGUUUUUUUUGCUACUUUCAGAAGUGUAAUGGAUGACUGAAGGACAGCAAGUAGGUUAGAUCAGUCAUCUUUAUUAUUUCUGAUACUAUAAUGCCAAACUGUUUCUAACAGCUUCUGUACCUCAGGAUAAUUUGUUGUGCCUUUUCCUUUAGUGACGCUAACUGUUCUUAGUAAGGACAGACGGCAACUGCUUUUCUACUACAUCUGGCAGUUCUUACAGUUUGCCACAGUCCAGACAUGUUGCUUACCUACAAACACACAGACCUCCGUUUUGUCCCACAUGAUCAUGGUUCUCUUUUUACUUUAACCAAAUCUCUUCUUGCAGUUCAAUUAAUACUGAUAAGAAGAAAGAAAGGUUAAGGACCUCAGUCACCAGGGUGAUCCUGAAAGGUGCGUGUGUGCGUGCGUGGGCUUGGUUGUGUCUUUGAGAGACUUCCUGUAGUCUGCAUUUGUUAUCUUUGAUUUGUCUACUUUCACCCACGAACAUUUUUGUUUUUGUUCCUACCCAGAAUGAAGAAUCUGGAAAUAAAUGUCUCUUAUUAGCAGUUCGUAACACUGCAUACAACUGAUUGGCAUAUUAUCUGAAAUGAUAAGAACGUUAAACUUCCAAGAUGCCCCUGUAGUUAACUGUAAGGUUUUGAACAUUCACCCUCCAUUUGAUCCACUUAUCACUGAUAUGUCAAUCAAGGCAAUUCAUUGUCUAACUUAAGCUCAGGAUGAAAUUAAAAUGCCAAGUGUUAUAUCCUUUUUGUUCUAAUCUUUUCGCAUUUUGCACCGCUUAAUUGUUAUUUAUUCAGAAUAUACCUUUUCAAUCCUCAUUUUGGUUCAUUUACGUGAGUUGGCAUAUCCAAGAUCUCUCCAAAUCUUCAGUAUCCGAAAGCCCAUUUAAAUCUAGCUGAGAUUGUUUCUUUUGUGGUGGAAAGGGGAAAAGGAAUGAGCUCUGUUGGUGGUUGACACUGACACGGUAAAGGAAGUGAAUGGGCUCCUUUGAAUUACCGGGACUGUGGUUGAAGGACUUCAUGUUACUUAUAUCAGUUUUGCAUGUGCUUCUCGCAUUACUUGUCACAACCUUAGCAAUUUGACAAAGCUGCAGUUAAUUCUUAGAUGGAUGUGUCCCCCGUUACCUUUUAAUCUUUUAUUUUGUUUGUUUCACUGAAAUGCUGCAUUGCACUCAUUGUCCUUACAAAACUAUUUUUUAAGUUUUUUUUUUUCCUUUCUUUGUAUAGGUGAUUUUAAUUUUAUCAAUUCUUUAUUUUAAUAUUUUCUUUGAAUUGUUGCAAGAGAUGUGUAGGCUACAGCAAAGAGUAUGUGAUUUUUUUUUUUCAGGUGGACGUUCUCAAUAAAAGAGACACAAAUCAAA